GGCGGUGCCGCGCCUAGCAGAGCGCGCGUGGGCGGGGCAGCGGCGGCGGGAGCGCGAGCUGCGGUCAGUUUGCUUUUAAAAGAAAAUAGUGCCAAAGGAAAAAAAAGAUGGACCCAGAAAAUAUCACCAAGGAAGCUGUCCUUAUUACUGGAGGAGGUGGUUACUUUGGUUUCCGUUUAGGUUGUGCCCUAUGCAAAAAGGGAGUCAGCGUGAUUCUGUUUGAUGUCGGGAAGCUGAUCCAGGCUGUACCAGAGGGAGUGAAGUUCGUAGAGGGGGAUGUCUGCCAUCUCUCUGAAGUGGAAAAAGCCCUGCGAGAUGUUAUCUGCGUGUUCCAUAUUGCUUCCUAUGGAAUGUCUGGCAGGGAGCAACUGAACCGAAAACUUAUAGAAGACGUGAAUGUGAGAGGAACAGAAAAUGUCAUCCAGGCUUGCAGGAAAGCAGGCGUGUCGAGACUGGUCUAUACAAGCACGUACAAUGUCGUGUUCGGAGGCCAGGUUAUCCAAAAUGGGGAUGAAUCUCUGCCUUAUUUCCCUGUUCACCUCCAUCCUGAUCACUACUCCCGGACCAAGUCACUAGCAGAGAUGAAAGUGCUGGAGGCAAACGGCACUGAGCUUGGAGAAGGCAAAGGAGUGUUAAGGACCUGUGCUCUUCGACCAGCAGGCAUCUAUGGGCCUGGAGAACAAAGGCAUCUCCCAAGAAUAGUUAGCUACCUUGAAAGGGGAUUCUUUAAAUUCCUGUAUGGGGAUCCCCAUAGUUUAGUAGAAUUCGUGCAUGUAGAUAAUUUAGUUCAGGCUCAUAUCCUGGCCUCUGAGGCACUCAAAGCCACCAGCCAGCACAGAGCUGCUGGCCAAGCCUACUUCAUCUCAGACGGCAGGCCAGUAAACAACUUUGAAUUUUUCCGACCUCUAGCUGAAGGCUUGGGUUACAGGUUCCCAACCCUUCGCCUUCCUCUCGCCCUCGUGUAUUUCUUUGCAUUCCUAACUGAAAUGGUUCACUCUCUGGUCGGCCCUUUCUAUAAUUUUCAACCUCUCCUCACUCGCGCUGAGGUUUACAAAACAGGCAUCACGCAUUAUUUUAGCAUGGAGAAGGCCAGGAAGGAGCUAGGGUAUGCGCCCGAGCAGUUCAGUCUAAAUGAAGUGGUCGAGUGGUUUAAGUCACGGGGACAUGGGAAGAAGCUUAGAAACUAUACGGUAAAAGAUCUCAUUAGGGACGGAGGCUUGGUCUUGCUGCUGGCCGUGUUGGUGCUCUCCUGGCUUCCAACAGCAAUCGCAAUGUCAAUGUGAAAGACACAACAUACUGAGCCUGUUACGUCUACUUUCAAGUGAUAAUACAAGUUGAGAAUUCAGGUGCAACCAGACAUCGCCUGCUCUCUGAAGAAAUCCCAUUAUUACCAGCAGUGAAAUAACUGUGUCCUUUUCAAAUCUUAAAUCUAUUCUUUUUGCAUUCCAGAACAACACAGUGAUAUAUCCCAGCACUUUUGGGGGGUGGCCAUAUGGAUACUGAACACACUCUGUCCAGCUACGGCACUGUUCAGAUUAAAUGGAUCAACAACAUUACCAGACAGGUGACUAUACUUAGUCAUCAUACAUAAUUAGUCAUACUAAUUAUAGCCAUCUGUAGGGUAAAGUGAGGCUGUGCUCUGAAACGUAACACACAGUUCCCAGUUUUGUGGUGUUUCGUUGACUUCCAUUAUCCGCUAGGUGUGAGAAAGCGAGCAGCCUGCAUUCUUGCUUUGGGUUUGAGCCUAGUGUCUUUGCUUCUAACUGAUCAUCACAAACAAUAGAGGUCCUUUGGGCCAACACAAACACAUCUUUGUUCCCCCCCUCUGUUUCAGGCAUGCCACUGCUGACAUCCACAUCCUAUUGUUUUCUGCAGGCUUGGAGAGGCACAAUUGAUCCAGAUUAAUAAGCGUCUUGCUGGUGAUGUGUACGGGGGAUAGGGUUGUGUUCGCCUCGUUUGAGCUCUGGAGAAACAGGCGCGUAAAAGCACAGCAGCUCUAAUUGUGUCACCUGGGUAAACAACAGUGGCUCUGAAUACCCUCGGGGAACAGAACUGCUGAUGCUACUUUUCUAGAGAUCCCCUUUUCAGAUGAGAACAGCACUUCUCUUACUAAGUAAUCACUGGCAGGAGAAAGAUCAAUAUGAUUGCUAAUGGCAUGUUGUUUGCAGUUACAGCAGCAUGCUGCAAAUUAUGGAACAAACUUAACUUUUUCACACUGCCCGGAUUAUACCCGUGACCCUGGCUAUUGAUUCUUUCUUAACAAAUAUGUGGUUCGUGGCCCAGAAGAGAAGGCUCUACCUUGCUCAAAAGCAAGCGUAUUUCGAAAACCAAGUUCAUUCACUGUCCAUUCCCAGCCACAGAGAACUGGCCAAACAAACGGUGGUCUACAGUAGGGAGAUAAGAAGUUUUUACAAAAUGACCUCAUACCCAUGGGCUGACAAAUCCACUUGAGUUCCUGUUCACCCGGGGGGGGGGUUUCCAUUAAUAUCCACAAAGGAUAAGCCUAACUGCUUAAAUCUUGCAUGCUAGUAACUUUUGUUAAAUAAGAGCCAACAUUCAUCUGGUGUCAGUAUGACAGAGACUACCUUGAUCGCUUGUACUAGCACAGGUACUCCGAUAAGACAAUCUUUUCAUGAUUUUGAAAUGGUCGCCCUGACGGAGGAUUACCUGAGUAUGCGAUCAGCAAUGGGAGCCACGCAUUGGUUUCAAGUCCCGGCUCAGGAGUUUAUACUGCAUCAGCUAGUUUUGAUCACUUUGUAAUAAUCGGACAAACUGGUGGUAACCAGAGAGCAAGCAUGCAGUUGUUCCUGAAAUGCUUUAAUGCUCAUCCUUGCAGCUAGUCUUCUAGUUCUACCAAUUUAAUAGAAAGGGGGUUUGCAAGGCAUCCGCCACUGGUGCUGCAGUCAUGUCAUUCAGAAACCAAACUCAUGCCUAACAUUGUAUUCAGAGAAGUUAUCUCAGGGUAGAAGUUGACUCGAUGGAUUUACUGGUAAAAACAAAAAGCAUAAUGAUUCUAAUGGAAAAAAUAAUGAAACCCAACAGACAGAAGUUUUUGGCAUGCUUGUAUGUUUUAAAUAUAUUGUGUCUGCAAUGUCAUAUUUCUGAAACACUUCUACAGUGAGCUAAUUUGUAACCAUUACUGUAGCCAGCUGCUCAGUUUGAAGCACUGGUUUGUAGGCUUUUUCUAACGGUAAAACAUGCUUAUUUAAAAUGAACGAGCUGAUUAAAAUGUGCAUUAAUAAAGGCAAUGAUUUUCUACACAA